AUGUCGCCGGUAUCGCCAGAAGCCAGCUCUUCGACUCCCGUUGACACGAUUGCGCCUCCGUCGUACACAGCCAACCCUGAAGUGAGCACCGAGGAGAAGAUCGCCGUUGAACAGCCACACAUCGACGACGAAAACCUCCCCGAAGUUGUAACCGAAUCGAUGCAUCAGACGCACACGAGCCCUCCGCCUGUGAGCGAGUAUAAUCCUACAUCUUCUGUUUCGCCUGUGCCGACGAGUAUAGCGAAUUGGGAUGGACCGGAAUCGCCGCCGAUUCUGCAACAUCCUGCUCUUGCGCAGCAACAAUACUCUGGACACGAAUCGAUGGCCGCCAUUCCGAUGCAACAAAUACCACAACAGCCGGGAACCACUGUCACGCCUCUGCAUUUGCUAGCCGAUCAAGCCGAUUCCGUGGAUUGUCCAUUCUGCCAGCGCCAAACCGAAACAAAGGUCAAGAAGUCUGCUUCUUCCAUGACACACAUCUACGCCACUGUCCUUUUCUUCACGACCUUUUUCGGUGUCAUUUUCCCAUACGCAUGCCAUUGCGCGUCAAACAUCAGCCAUUUUUGCAAGCAUUGCGGUCGCAAGGUCGCAUUCAAGGAACGAGGAGGAGAAAUGGAGGGGCUGGGCACGCCUGACCAUCUGAGGGAGGUUUCCAAGUAUCCUGCCACUCAGUAG